AUGGCCCCAGGACGUGCUGCCCUACUCCUCUUGACCCUGUACAUCAAAGAUGUGACUGUCCAGGCUUCUGACACCUGUCCAGAGGUGAAAGUGCUGAGCCUGGAGAACUCUGACAAGCUCACCAUCCUUCGAGGCUGCCCUGGGAUGCCAGGAACCCCAGGGCCCAAGGGAGAAGCGGGUGCCAAAGGAGAAAGAGGAGAACGUGGCCUCCCUGGACCCCCUGGGAAGGCAGGACCACCUGGGCCUAAAGGUAACAGCCUGGUCUUCCAGAGGAGGCUCGAUGGCUCUGUGGACUUCUUUCAGGACUGGGCGGCAUACAAGAAGGGCUUCGGCAGUCAGCUGGGGGAGUUCUGGCUUGGGAAUGACAAUCUCCAUGCCCUGACUACCCAGGGAACCAACGAGCUGCGGGUGGACCUUGUGGACUUUGAUGGCAAGAGUAACUUUGCCAAAUACAGCUCCUUCCGGAUUGAGGGAGAGGCUGAGAAAUACAAGCUCAUCCUGGGAAAAUUUGUUGGAGGCGGUGCCGGCGACUCCCUGACUAGCCAUAACAAUCAGUUCUUCUCCACCAAAGACCGGGACAAUGACCAGUCUGACGCCAACUGUGCAGUGAUGUACCACGGAGCCUGGUGGUACAAGCAUUGUCACAUAUCUAACCUGAAUGGCCUCUACCUUGGGGGUGUCCAUAAGAGCUUUGCAAAUGGCAUCAAUUGGGAGAGAUGGAAAGGUUACAACUACAGCUACAAGGUGUCAGAGAUGAAAGUACGCCUCGUGUAGCCCCUCACUCCAGGGGCCCUCA